UAGGAAUAAAGCUGAGGAUUGACGAAUUGAUGAGCGUUGGAUUUUCCUGGAGUGGGGGGAUAUUUAAGCUACCGGGUUGGGCGCCUGUGAAGAUUUGAAAGAUUAAGGUUUAAUGUUAUACAGUGAUAUGCCCACGAGAUGAAUAUUGGUAAUAAUUGCAGAAGAGUGAAGGAAGUUUUUGAGAAGGAAUGUAUGAUUUAUUGUGUUCGUGGAGCUCAGAAUAUUUUUGGUUUAAAGCAUCUGCAGCUCCUAUGAUAUUGGACGGCUGAGAUUCGUCAGAUGUAGCGCAGGAACUCUGUUUAACUCUCUCUGCGCUGAAUUUUGACAGCUCGGUGGCCUCAAGUUUCAGUCUCGAGCUGUUAAGCCCUAGGGUUUUGAGGGGCGCAGUGGGGAUCCUGUUUAAUUACAAUAUUUCCGGCUUUUGCGGGAUAUGUUCUCAUGAGAUUCUUUCUUCAUUCAGUUUAUUUAUUGCUCAGGAAUUGUUAAUAUAUGGCCGGUGUGCUUCCAUUCUAGGAAAUGGCGGGCGAUAGAACAUGUAGCGAAGACAUUGCAGAGAAUACAAAUAGCAGAGACAAAGCUGAGACUCUUGCCAAUGAAGAAGAGGACACUUUGGGCGAAUUGCCUCCUGUUCGCGGGAGGAUAGGAGGCCCUACGAGACGAUCAUCCAAGGGUGGAUGGACACCUGAAGAGGAUGAGACGUUGAGAAGAGCUGUUCAGUGUUUCAAGGGAAAACAUUGGAAGAAAAUAGCUGAAUUUUUUCCUGAUCGCACUGAUGUUCAGUGCCUGCAUCGUUGGCAGAAGGUUCUUAAUCCAGAACUUGUAAAGGGACCUUGGACAAAAGAGGAAGAUGAAAGGAUAAUAGAACUUGUAAAUAGGCAUGGUGCCAAAAAAUGGUCUGCUAUUGCAAAACAUUUGCCAGGGCGCAUUGGAAAGCAAUGCCGAGAGAGGUGGCACAAUCACCUAAAUCCAGCAAUAAACAAAGAUGCAUGGACGCGAGAGGAAGAGUUGGCACUCAUUCGUGCUCACCAAAUAUAUGGAAACAAAUGGGCAGAAUUAGCAAAGUUUUUACCAGGGAGGACAGACAAUGCGAUAAAAAAUCAUUGGAACAGUUCAAUAAAAAAGAAGCUUGAUACAUAUUUGGCAUCUUGUUUGGGGACACAAUUUCCAGAUUUGUCCAUUGCCAAUCCUAUGAUAAUGCCUUCAUCGUCAAAAGUAGGAGAAUUCAAUAAUGUCAAUCGAGGCAGUGAAAUGGAUGAGAUAUCUGAAUGUAGUCAAGAAUCAAUAUCUACACGUUGUUGUCAUACUGAUUCAUUGGAGGUGCCUGCCUCAGCAUCAAUGCAAAUGGAAUGCGAAAGAUCAGAAUCGCAAAAGGCAACAGACAAGACAAAUUCAGAUAAUGAAUCACACAGCUUGGUUGAACCUCUUCUGUCACAAUGUUCAGGAAAUAUGCAUCUGAUUCAAAGUGGAGAUACUACACAUUUACAUGCUCCUGUAUCGGCAGCAAGGUUGUUUGUAUCGUCGUUUGAAACAAAUGAGCUUGCUGAGUCUGUUAUAACAGGAAGUAGCUGUUCUUUAGGUAGUCCCAAAGAACUGUCUGAAACAAUUAGUGUUUUUGCAAGCAGGCCUUUAGGAGAUCAGGUAUCUUUUGCCUCUGAAGCCGUAAAGUCUGCUUCUUCUGGAGAAGAUAAAAUCUUAUCUUCAAAUUUUUACACAAAUCAACCUGCAAAUACCAGUAAUAUGGUUGGUGUGCCAAAUAGCUUAUGUGAAUCAGAUUUCCCUCUUUCUUUGCCUGCAGUUUGUUCAGGUUACUCCAAUGUGAUGUUAAGAAGUAGUGUUGGUCUUGGAGACAGAGCAUGCUCAAUGGAAAUGCCUCCUCCUACUUUGAAUUCCACUAUAUGUCAUGAUGUUUGCUCUCAAUCUGCCUCAGAUAUUGAUCAUAGUUAUCAGCUAUUGCCAGAUCACCUGUCUAAUGUUUGGAAUCUUCAUAUUGAUUCUCAUGUUGAUAGUUCUGUUCCUGCUGUUGUUUCCUUGGCACCAAAUGAUACUGAAGGUAGUCAAAUGAGUACAAAAGAGGAAAUUUCCUAUAUACAAUCAGAUGAUCCUGAUUUGGGCACUUUAUUCUAUGAACCACCACGCCUUCCUAGUUUGGAUAAUCCAUUUGUUAACUGUGAUCUUAUUCAACAAGCAUACAGUCCACUUGGUGUCCGCCAAAUGAUAAUGUCGUCAGUUAACUGCUGUAUUCCAUUCACACCGUGGGGUUCCCCUUAUUGUGAUGAAAGCCCAGAGGCUUUAUUAAAGAGUGCCGCUAAGACCUUUAGAAGUACACCUUCCAUAUUAAGGAAACGACAACGUGAAAGUUCAAAUCUGUUAGAGGAAAAUCACAAUGUUAAAAGAGUGGCUAGUGAAAUAGACUUUGGAUCUAUUCUUUCUCCAUGUUUAUUAGAUAAAAAAGGGAGUGCAUUGCUGGAUGCUUCUACUGCAGAGUUUCAAAUAUGGUCUGCAGAAGAUGAUACUUUGCUCCCUGUAAAUAGAAAGGCAAUUAUUGUCUCCCCACCAUAUUCUAUAAAACAAAAAACUAAAGAAGCUGCAAAAUCCAAGGAGAAGCAAUUAGUCUAUGCUUCUGAGGAUACCAAUAAUAUGAAAUUUGCAGAUAUUGGAGCCAAUGGUAGCAGUGAACCUGACAGCAGACAGAUUGACAAAGAUGCAAUAAUCAGGGAGAACGCUAACUCAGGUUUCAAAAAUGAUCAAGCAUCUGGUGUGCUUGUUGAGCAAAAUAUGAAUGGUCCCCAGAUGUUCAUGGCAAGUGGAAACACUUCAGUCAAAUGUUGGAACUCUGGUUCCUCUCCAUUGACCCCAAAGACUCUUUUUGGCAGAAGAAUGAAGACACCUUCAAAAUCAAGAGAUUUGAAAGGAAGGGUGAAAUAUGCAUCAGGAAUUAUGUGCUCACCUUAUGCUGUUUCUCCUAAUGUACAUGAAAACAGGGGUGCAAAAUCAACUUCUGAGGCAUAUGGGCGUCAAACAUCUAGUUUUGGGGCUUCAAGUCCAAUUGAUCACGUCUUUGACAAAGAUUGGCUCAACAGUGUUCCAGAUUUAGAUAACAUAAAUGGUGAUGUGGUUAGUCUUGAGACAUGUAUUGGAUCUCCCUUUGAUUGGAAUUCACCUUGGUCUUUGGAUGCAUCGUGGUUGGCAGAAAAAGAUGGAGAAGAUGCACUUCUUGAGGGGACGAGCAUGUUGAGGAACAAUACUGAUGCUGGUGAGGAUGCAGUUGGAUUAAUGAAACAGUUAAGUGAGCACACUGCUCCAGCAUAUGCACAGGCAGAGGAGAUCUUAUGUUCUGAAACUAGGAAAAAGACUUUACAAACAGUCUCAUCAGCUCGUUCUUUCAAGUUCAGUCUGAAUGAGGAUAAUAGUGAUUGCAAAGAAAAUAUGGUCUUCCCAGACAAGAAUUCGCAAGGGGAAAAUCAUAUAUCAUCUUCAAGUUAUACUUUGCCUUUUCAUGCGGGUUAUUCUUUCCCGGAGUUCAAUGUCUUCAGCACACCUGGUCGAGGUGGAAUUGGUGGAGAGGAAUUGAGCCAAACUUUCACUGGGGUUGCCGGUGACUUUUGCAGCCCUUUGUUACGUCUUUUGAAAGAGUGUCGUUAGUGUGCAAAUUUUUUCUGUGUUGAUUGCAGAUCGAGUUAUUCUGUUCUAAAGCAGUGCAAUGUUGGAAAGAACUUCAUGCGUUCAUAUUUGUAAUAUUAUUUAUAUAUUACUCCAAAUUCUCCAUAUGUAGAACUUUUGAUAAAAGUGCAAAUAUUCCACGAUAAUACUCAUAAUGUAACUCUGAUAUUGGGUACUGUUUAUAAUCUCGUCUCAUGUAUCACUAUUGAAGGAUAUGUACCAAGAGUUAAAGUAAUUGUUGGUAUUAAUAUCAUUUAUCGUUUCUUUAAGCAGCUGUGCUUUAAAUAAAGUACAGCACUUGCAUGCAAAAUUUAAUUUUGUAUAUAAGAAAGCAGUCAACAGCACUUACAUGGCAUUUUUAAUUUUGCUAUGGGUCACUACCGUAGGCAAAUGAGCGUAUAUUGUUAUGAUUUUAGAGAAUUCUCUUGCUGCAACUGGAGAAAGAUUAGAGUGUUUAGUCUCUUCAUGUUUGGUGUGAGCGAAGAAAGAGAACGUGCAUUUGAACCAAGCCUCAAAGUAAUGAGUGCUCUCAAGUAUUUAUACAGGUUUAGGAGUUUCAUAUUUUUGUAAAAUGCGAACACGGUUUUCAUAACAUAUUGUUUCAUUCUGUCUUCUUGGUGGAUUCUUUAUUGUAGACUGUUUUGUUAGCAUUAGUGGGUGUAAGUACUUGAGAAGCUUUAAAUAUAUGUAAAUUUAAAUUCAA